AUGUGCUCCAAGGCGAGCCUGGUCUCCAUCUUAAACAAUGAUGAUAACCCAUCAUUUGCGGUUCGCUCGGCGCCUAAGAUAUACAGACACCAUUCCAGCCCAUCAUAUCCCUAUGUGCCGGAGCAACAACUACAUGCACCAGCGUCCGAUGCAUCCCACGGGAACACAUACAUCAAUUCAUCCGGGGCAAAACCAAGGGUGAUGCGUCACCCCUUCGACCCGGUGUCCGAAGCCGCUCAACCCGCAUCCCCAGGCUCGUCAGAUUGCUCCUAUGAUUACACAUCCAGCGCGGGCUCGUAUUUCCAUCCGACGCGCCCAGAGCCCUACACCUACCCACCCUCCGCGGCGAGGGAGCGAGAAAAACGCCUCAGCGGGAGCUCUGUCGUGGACCCGCCGUCCCCCCAGACCUCAAUCAGCGGAUCGAAAGAACCCAUGGCACCCAAGGGCAUCACUCGAAAGAACAAGUAUCCCUGCCCUUUUGCCGCAAGCCACGGCUGCACGGCGACCUUUACCACCUCGGGACAUGCGGCCCGACAUGGCAAGAAGCACACGGGCGAGAAGAGCGUGCACUGUCCGAUCUGCGAUAAGGCAUUUACACGCAAGGACAACAUGAAACAGCACAGACGCACACAUCGAACACAUUCGGAGAGCAUGCCAAUGGGGAUCGAGGGGGAUAACGGGGGGAGUGGCGCUGCCUGGACGUCGCAGCAGAGCAACCCUGUUUACGGUCAUCGGCGAUCGAUCAGUCAAUCCCGGACGGACCGGCCUUCGUAUGACAGCGUGGCCAUGCAUCCAAUCCCUCCGGGUAGCAGGCAUCAUGAAAAGCCACGCGGGACCAUAUCCCCACAGGCUUGA